AACACAGAAGUUGACAGUAGCAAUGAUAAAAUUGAUAUUGGAUUACAGUAGAUACGAACAGGUUGUGACUAGUACAUUACAUGGUACAUUAUUUGUUCGUUAUCUAUGGUAAGGGGUAAAUAAGUUUAUUUACCUUUUUUGCUUUACGUUUAAAAUUGAGAAAAAUUUAUUUGAACAUAUUAGUUAUUAGUGAUAAAGAUUUGUUAUGAGAUAUGGCUGCAGUUAGUCUAAGUACCUCUGGAAAAUUAUUGUCACUUAUUGAUGACAUCGAACUAAUAUCGAAGGAGCUGAUCGAGAACACGCUGCCGCAGAACAGCAAGAAGCUGUCGAGCAGCGAGCACGCCCUGCUGACGGAGCUGCUGGUGUCCAAGGACAAGGAGCUCAAAGACACACUGCAGCUGGCGGAGGAGCAAGCGAAGAUCAACUUGAAGAUGGAGGAGCUGAGAGCAGAGGUCGACCGGCAGGACCAGUACAUCCAGCAGCUGCAGCGGCAGCUGAAGGAGGCCGAGCAGAUUCUCGCCACAGCAAUCUACCAGGCGAAGCAGAAGCUGCAGUCGAUAGCCCGAGCCAACAAGCGACCGGUCCCUUCAGAGGAGCUGAUAAAGUUUGCUCACCGUAUCAGCGCGUCCAACGCAGUCUGUGCUCCCCUCACGUGGCAGCAAGGAGACCCUCGGCGCCCUUACCCCACAGACAUCGAGAUGAGGCUGGGCUUCCUGGGAAGACUGAGCGACAUGCCGAUCAAUGGCCACCUACUGCAGCAGCAGAGCAGCCUAGGAGACUUGCACAGGACGGGGCAUCCUCCAGAACCACCGGUGCCCCAACAGAACCAGUUUGCCUGGCACCCGUCUGGCGAGAUACACAUGAGCGUGGGGGGCCAGGGGUCUGUCGCCAUGGACACCAGGAACCACAAGGAGAGCGAGGACGUGGAGGUCAUGUCGACCGACUCCAGCAGCAGUUCAUCCAGCGACUCCCAGUGAACCAGCUGUUUGUUUGAUGAUCGAGUGUUAACAGUGGGAUCAAGAGCAGGCGUGUACUUCAGGCUGGCCAUUGAAAGCAUCUGAAGCACAGAAUACAGCUUCUUUGGUCAGUACAAACUGCAUUUGAAAAUGGUAGCUAAUAUAAGCGUUAUUUAAUGUUCCAACAUUUUACAAACAACUGCUAGUGCACUUCAGAAUGAGUGGCAUAUGCAGUAGGUACAAAAAAAGAAUGGAAUGUUAAAUGAUAAAUUCAAAAUAGCUUCUGUUUAAGUUCCUUCAAAAAUACCAGACUGAAAACUGAACUUUUGAAAUAUUCAGUGUUUGCUUAUAUUGUAUGUAUCUGUUAUUAAGUUAUUAUGCUUUCUGUGUGUUGAUGAAACAUUUAUCCUGCAGGAAGGGUAAACACAUUCUUUCAGUGUUGCAAAAGUCUCACAAUGUAUAACUAACAAAAAAUGUAUGCUAUAGAGUGUGGUGUAUCUGUCACAAUGAAUUGCGGGAGGAAUAGGAACUAAAAAUGCCAUCUUAGUUCAAACCAUUUUUAGGCCAUAAUUUCUGUCAUAAUGUUUGCCUGUUAAGCAUAGUAAAUACUUUAAUAGAAUUCAUGAAGUACA